AUGGAUUUUGAAGUGUUUGAUACCGUGAAAUUGGAGAAGGCGAAAGCGAUCGCGAGGUUUAAUCGGUUUCGGAGGAUGACGACGUCGUUGCAGUUUUUGGAAGUGAUCGUCGCUCUGAUGUUGGUUUCCUGGUCCUGUACUCGAGUUCCGGGGGUUAUGAAGUUCUCCGGCGAGUUUCUGGUUGAGUUGUGGGUUUACGUCUGCAAUCCUCACGUCGUGUUCGUCAUCGGCAACGCCAUUAUCGUCGCGCUAGUCGUGCUCUGUCGCCAAACGGACGCCGGUUGCAGCUCUGUUGUCUCCGAUUUUUGCGGCGAGGAUGACGGCGAAGAAAUCGGUGGAGGCGAAACUCAACCGCCGGUCGUCUCCUCCGAAGCCUCCACUCCUCCGCCUCAGCCGGAGGCGGCCGGAGACGAAACGAAGCAGAUAGUCUGCUCGGAGAGCGUGGUUCAGAAGCCGCAAUGCACCGAGCUUUCAACCGCGAUGAAAACGGCCACGAAGCAAAUCGAGAAGUUCCAGAGGACACAGUCGGAGAAGCUGAAGCGAGCGAUCGCGUUGAAGCCGCAGGGAGUGCUCCGGCGAUCAGAGACGGAGAUGCACCGCAAAGCCGCCGGUUCCGGCGAACCGCGAGCAAUGCCGACUAUCGACACCGUCGAAGACCUCAGCAGCGAGGAAUUCCGGCUUCGAAUCGAGAAAUUCAUCCGUAAAAAUCAAGAAUUUUUCAAAGUUGAGAGCGGCUAA